AUGGUGUGGUACGGUUCCGUCGCCCAGCGAAGCUACGGCCGGAGCGUGCCACCGGGCUCCCCACGAGUCCCCUUGGCUCUCGUCACUUACAACUCUCCUGUACCUUUUGAAUUUACGAAUUGGUACUCCAACUCCCCAUUUCAUCCCAUGUUCUCUGCGAAUACUAAUUUCAACUGGUACGACAAACCACCAUCUCUAGACGCUGAGAACCUGCCGAUGAGAUUCUGGGGGCCCAAAUCGCCGGGCCUGAUCGACUUUGCAAUCACCGACACAACCCACUCCGCCGAGCAAUCGGUGGACACGGUCAACGAACGCGUGUCCUCAAGCCCUGGCAAAGACGCUGGCCUCGGUAUCAAGUUCGGCAAGCCGAUUGCAGGCUCACGCAAGAAAGCUGACGGCGUCGAGAUCAAGUGGAAGGUCACACGGCCCGAGUUCUCCCAGGGGGAAAACACGCCCGGCGACGAGCUGUUCGCCGACGGCAGAAUCGACGUCCCCUUCUUCUGCCACGACGUCACCCCCCGAACCGACCGCGUGCCCAGUUUGGAUGAGCAGAAAACGACACACCCCUGCGGCGCGAUUGGUAUCGCCGCCUGCGAGAUCCUCGUACCAGCUCACCUUCUGACCGAAUAUGCGCGAGUCUAUUCCAAGAUUCUAGGCUCCGAACUCAAACCUGCCGCUGAUGCCUGGCAGAACUCGUAUACCCUCGACAUUGGGUUGCUACAAGGACCUGCCCGUUCCAGGGUUGUAGUGUGUGCUGCCGAGACUGCGCGAGACGUCCAGCGCAUCCAAGAGAGGGGCAUUGGUUUCUCGGACCUUGUCAUCGCCGUCAAGUCCGAUGACACUGGCGGCGAGACGAGGUGGUCGUUGGGCUCCACUGGUAUCGAGUCCACAAUCUGGUUGGAGAAGGUGUAG